ACGACAAAGAAGCCCAGGGCGUAAAUCCCAGUGAGGGGCCACUCCGCUCGCAGUGCUUCAUUCCGGCAGACACUGACCCGCACCGUUCAGUGAGACAGGAAGAAAACAACAACCUUUGGAAAAGAUGAGGUUCCUGACUCUCUUAGCUGCUCUUGGGGCCCUGAUCCUCUGCAGUGAAGCUGCCCUAUUGAGGGAAACAGCACAAGACAUAUAUUCAGGGGAGGAAACAGGUGCUAUUUGUUUGAAUGGAGGCAUUUCCAGCGCAUACCAGUACAGCAACAAACACUUCGUCUGCCACUGUCCCAGGGACUUCAGUGGGAAAAACUGUGAAAUAGAAACCUCAGCAAAGUGCUACAACGGAAAUGGACAGAACUACCGAGGCACUGUUUCAAAGUCUCAGACUGGAAAGGACUGUCUGGAGUGGGAUUAUGAAUCACUUGAAAUUCUCUACCAGGCAGAUGCAUUAACCCUGGGACUUGGGAAUCACAACUACUGCAGGAAUCCCAAUGGGGACAGGAAACCCUGGUGCCAUGUCAGACAAGGCUUCAAGAUCGUCCGGGAGCAUUGCCAGAUUCAGCCCUGUGCCUCAAAACUGACGGCCACAUGCGGCAAGCGGGAGCAGAAGCUGUUCAAGAUCGUUGGGGGGAAAGUGACGGCCAUCGAAUCCCAGCCCUGGACCGGCGCCAUCUUCCAGCGCUCCAGGACAUCCGAGUUCUUCACGUGCGGAGGCAGCCUGAUCGCCUCCUGCUGGCUGGUGACGGCUGCACACUGCUUCCCUAACGGUGCCAGUACGGACCCGAAUCGUUACUCCAUCUUCUUGGGAAAGGGUGCCAUCAACGAAACCGAUUCGAGAAAAGAGCAGAAGUUCCAGGUGGAAAAGAUCAUCAUUCACCCUGCGUUUGAUGACAGUCAAGGGAACUACAACAACGACAUAGCCCUGGUGAAAAUGAGGUCACGAUCUGGGCAGUGUGCGGUGGAGUCCAGGGCAGUGAAGACGGUCUGUCUCCCUCCACAGAACAGAAUGCUCCCAGCUGGGUCGACCUGUGAAAUAGUGGGCUAUGGCAGGGAGAGAGAAAGUCUGUGGUACUAUUCCAAUUACCUGAGAGAGGCCAGAGUGCAGCUGCUCCCUCAGUCGGUCUGCAGCAGCGAGCAGUACUACGGGACCAUGCUGACGGGAAACAUGUUCUGUGCCGGUGGUUCUGACUGGACCGUGGACUCCUGUAAGGGCGACUCGGGAGGACCCCUGGUGUGUGAGGUGGAUCAUCGGAUGUACCUGUUCGGAAUUGUGAGCUGGGGAGAAGGCUGUGCCAGAAAGUACCGGCCAGGUGUCUACACAAAGGUGACGAACUACAACCAGUGGAUCGCGGAACAAACGGGCAUGCAGGCGAUGGCUGCAGGAGCAGUGUACCCGCAGAAGUGAAGUCCUCUCCUGUCUUCGGCUCCUUUACGAAGACCCACCUAAGCAAAGCCUAUGAACACACGUCAGUGUGACGUUGCAACACUGCCGGCUGACCCCGCAUGACGGAAUCGGUACUCUGCACCCCUGCAGAGCUCCAGAGGAGCAGAGUGCUGAAAAGGAUUAUACUGCUCCAGUUAAAACGGUGGGGUGGGAGGGGACGAUACUGAAAAUAUGAUACUUUUAUACUAAAAGGUCAUUGCUUUUCCGAAAGAAAGAAAAAGUUUUUAAACUUUGAGCUUUGCUUUUUAGGGUUUUUAGAAAAUUGAACUUGUGGAGCAGUACAGUACCGUGAAAAUAAAGGAAUCUUAAAUCGGUAUUUAACUUCAUUAAAAGUUCAAUACCGCAUAUGUCAGAGGGAAGCCUUUUGUUUGAUUAGGCCCUGAGUGCAAACGGACACGAGUCAGCAUUGGAACAGCUGCAUAUUGAAAUGCUAUUUCAAUACUGAAUAGUGAAAUCCUAUGCAAUGCAGUGACGCGGACAGCCCUGCUGUCUUGAGUCUGCUGCUGGAAAGACAUUGAUUUUAUCCCAUCAGAGGAAAGUUACUGCUGGACAGGAAAUUCUGAUCAAGGCAACAUCUAAAAAAAAAACUUGGUGGAAGAUGUGAUGGAAAAAGUUGUUAUAUUUAUACAUGUAUAACGCGCAUAAACAUAAAAGUACAAUGUACUUUGCAUACUGAAAUAAAUAUUUAAUUAUAUUUAACAUUGAUGCACAUAGUGGAAUACACGUGGUUCUCUUUCCUGUAACGCAUGAAUAUGUCAAAACCACAUCAGUUCCUGCGUUCGUUGUUAUUAUUAUUAUAGUUUUAUAGUGUGACACCUGUUUAUAUUUAUUUUUGUGACUCAAUAUUUCUGUGUUCAUUAAGAGGAAUCCUAAGCCUAAAGACUGUGUUCUGCUACGGUGUAUUAGAAGUUUUUAAUUAGAAAACAUGUUUUUUUUUUUCCCUGACCCUGAGUACAUUCACUCCUCCUCAUUCUCAGAGUUUAUUGUAUUUUCUGUUUUUGUAUUCAUCAUUCCAAAUAUAUUCUUGAAGUUUUGGAACUGGCGUGAGUGUGGUAAAAAAAACAGAGGAGCUGUGAAAUUGAGAAAACAGGUGGUUGGUGCUGGGUAUAGCUUUAGAUCAAGCACAUCUAUAAAAGCAGGCUUUGAGAGAUCUCUUCUGUAAUAUGUUAAGAGAUUUUGUGGCUUAUUAGAUUUUUUUCACAAUUAUUUCAGGCCAUUUAAUUCUGCAACUGAAGUUUGUACUUUCUCAAGUCGAAGCUUUCUAAAGUCUUUUUUUCCAGUAGGUUUUUAUUUUUAUUUUUUAAUUAAAUUGGGCUGGAACCAGAAUGGUUUUUAUUUCUUUCAGAUUGUAACUCUAAUUUUGUACUUUUAUCAUGUAUAUUUGCUGUUUUAUUAAU